GAGUUUAACACUAGAUAACCUUCUCCCAAAAAAAGAUGCAUAGAAAAAUCCAAAACAAGAAAAAAGAGAGAAAAAUCCAAAGAGUAGUGAAUGAGUAAUCUAGUCUAACAUGCUGUCUAAGUGUCCAGUCUUUCUCAGUUGCAGUUUCCAUUGAAGAAGUUGCAACUGAUCUCCACUUCAAUCAGUGAAAUGUUCUGCAGAAUGAGAGAAUAAUGGCGGCAGUAGAAGCAAGGGCAGCUUGGCAACGUGCAGCGAAUCGCUAUUUUGUACAGGAGGAUGCUAAAAGAGCUCCAAAAUUGGCUUGUUGCUCCUCAUCAUCAGCCUCUGCGUCAAAAUCACAGGUUAGUGCAGGAACAAGUGAUGGACAAAAUCUGUUAGAUCCUCGUGUUGCAGGAUUCACGCCUCUAGGAUGGAAAUUGUCAAACUCCAAUUUAUCAACUGACACAAAAUGGUGGCUACAUCUGCAGCCCAACUCUGCGUACAAAAAGGAUUUCAACUUUGAGCAGUUAAAUCCAUUGGAGACUGAACUUGAACUCUUGAGAGCAAAGGAGGUAAAUGAGACCUUAAAAUAUUUUGAAGACCCGGAGAAGGACAGAAUCCAAUCUUUCACCAGUAAGAGCAAUAGAUCAUCUUUGGAUCCGAAGAAUCAAUAUCAGAAGACCGAGCCUUGGUGGCGCAUAACAGAUAAAGAUGAGUUGGCUUUCUUGGUUGCUCAAAAGUCACUAGAGCAUAUUGAGAACUGCGAUCUACCUCCUGUCCAAAACAAUAAUGCUAGAAAGUGCUCAUUUUCUCCUAAUAGCCUUUGCAAGGAUGGAAUUUUUUCUCCAACACCAUAUCAGAAAGCUCAUGCUGGUAUAUCUUGUGGAGUUUCUGGUGAAAACACCAACAAACCGUUCAGCACAAUUGACAAUUACAUGACAAACCACGAAUGUGAACAAAGUAAGGAGCAGCUAAUGGAAGCACUACGACAUUCCCAAACCAGGGCAAGGGAAGCUGAAAAGGCAAGAAAGAAAGCAAGCAGCGAGAAGGAUCACAUAGUUGAGCUCAUUUUCAAACAAGCUUCAGAUCUUUUUGCAUAUAAUCAAUGGAUCCAACUGCUUCAACUGGAGUCGACCAUAUCCAACAAAAGUCAAGUAGACCAAUCAACCUCAAGAACACCCUCUCCAGUGGUUUUACCUUUCAACCGUCAGAAAGGAAGAAAUCCCAAGCAUAAAGCAACCGAGGAGGAUGAGCAGAUGAUAUAUGACAUUAUUACUAAGAAUGCAGUUGCUUUCGCAGUUGGGUUAGGCCUCGUCAGUGCAGGAUUGCUCCUUGGUUGGACUAUUGGAUGGUUGUUACCCAGAUUGUAAAUUGUUUCAUGAGAAUUCUGUUGUACGGCUAAAAUAAUCAACAAAAAAUGAGUAGUUGCUCUUCCAUGUAAAGCUGGCCAUUUUUUAGGUGUAGUCUUCUUAAUCGGAUGUGUAGUGAAUUUCUUAAUCGGAUGGACUACCCUUCUGUGUUUCAAGAUUGUAGUAAAGUUGACAUCUUGUCUUCA